AUGGAUGAUGUCAUGAUGAUGCAAGAAGGACAAGUGGUCAAAGGAGAGGCAAUACAAGAUCGGGCCCACCAUCGGAUUAAAAAUCUCUCACCGGCAAAUAUACAGAGGAGUAAUGGAGGGAAUCGGGGUGAGAUUCUCGCGGGUCUCUUCCAGGUAUGGCUCCGGCCCAGGCCCAUCACCCCAGCUUUCAACGGCCCAGUUCGGAAAUGGAAGAAGAAGUGGGUUCCGUCCCAGCAGCCCAACGACCCUCCCGUCACCGGAAAACCCAACCGCCACCCCCACCCCCACCGCCACAAGCUCGACAACCAACCUCCUCUCCUCCUCUGCCGCUGGACUCGAGAGUCCUCCACCGCCAACUCCCACAAUGACGCGCCCCAGCCCUCUAAACGCAAGUUCCGCUACACUCCGGUUGUGGUGUUAGAAGAGAAGAAGAAAGUGGCCUCAUCAGCUAUGAAAAUGAAUGAAUCCAGACGUCUGACCCUUCAAGAUGAUAUGCUUACUGAUAAUGAUUUUUCGGAGGAAAUCGAGGAACCAGAUGAAGAUGAAGCAUAUUAUGAGAAUUUGGAUUUGCAGCUGUGA